AUGCCAUUGCAAGAACUUCCUCCUGCUCCGAAGCAGCAGCCUUCUGUUUCACUCCACCAUCCGGAAAAGACUGGCGACAAUUACCACCCGUCGCCCGCCACAUCUUCCAUUCAACAUGAACCCAACGGUGAACUUGUUGAGGGGUGUAAACAAGGUGCCGCAGAAACAGAAAUAGCAGCAUCCUCCAGCAUGGCCCUCUCCCAAAAUCAAAAUCUAGAGCCCGAGUGGGCUCACGGCUUCCAACUUUUCACCAUCUUGGCCGCCGUGACUUUUGUUUGCUUUCUCAUCCUUCUCGAUGGGACCAUUGUCGUCGCAGCUGUUCCUCGCAUCACCGAUGAUUUCAGUUCCCUGGAUGACAUUGGAUGCGCAGUCUUUCAGCCGCUUACUGGAAAGAUAUAUAUGAAGUUUAAGCCCAAAUGGACAUUUCUGAGCUUCUUCGUCCUCUUUGAAAUCGGUUCCUUAAUUUGUGGGGUUGCGAACUCCUCGGGUAUGUUGAUCGGAGGACGAGUAGUUGCAGGCUUGGGAACUUCGGGGGUGUUGAAUGGUAUCAUGCUUAUCGUCGCGGAAUGCGCCCCUAUGCAGAGAAGACCAACUCUAGUCGGCAUUGUUAUGGGUACUGCGCAGCUUGGCCUAGCCAGCGGUCCGUUAUUUGGAGGAUUAAUGACAGAAUACGCGACUUGGAGAUGGUGCUUUUACCUCAAUCUCCCCGUCGGCGGCCUUGUUGCCAUGAUGCUGGUUGUUGUCCGCAUUCCACAACAACACCCCAGGCCUCCUCCCAUGUCCGUCGUUCGUUCACUACAUUCAAGCCUCGAUCUUCUGGGCUUUGCCAUCUUCGCCCCUGCUCUCAUCAUGCUGCUACUUGCUUUACAAUGGGGUGGCACUACAUUCGCUUGGAACAGUUCUCAGAUCAUUGGCCUCUUUUGCGGCGCUGGGGCCACGUUCAUCGCUUUUCUACUCUGGGAUUACCAUAAAGGCGACGCAGCCAUACUUCCGUUCUCCAUAGUCUGCAUGAGAACUGUCUGGACGAGUUGCAUCGUAUAUGGAUUAUUCGGAAGCAACUUAUACACCGCUUCCUACUGGGUGCCAGUAUAUUUCCAGGGAGUCAAGGGCGCAUCUCCAGCAAUGAGUGGUGUAUACAUCCUGCCCAUGAUUAUAGCUCACAUCUUUGCAGCUCUAUCCUCAGGUCCCAUCGUCAACAAGGUGGGAUACUACAUACCGGUAGCUCUCUUUGCUGCGGUUUUGUUAUCGAGUGGUAGUGGCCUUAUUGCUACCUUCUCUCCUAGCACCUCAACAGGCAAGUGGAUUGGAUACCAGAUCCUCUACGGGGCUGGUCGUGGUCUCGGAUUGCAAAUGCCACUCCUUGCCGUUCAAAAUACAGUGCCACCUCCACAGCUCCCCAUCGCCAUGGCGCUCGUCAUGUUUAGCCAAUCGUUUGGAGCAGCCCUAUUCCUUAGUCUCGCAGAAACUAUAUUCAGCAAUAGUUUUGGAGAUCUCAUCUCCGAAUACGCGCCUUUGGUCAAUGGUCAAAGUGUCAUUGAUGCUGGGGCUACUGGAUUUCGAAAAAUUGUUUCGGGAACGGAUCUUGCGGGUGUAUUGACUGCUUACGCCAAGAGUAUUGAUCGCGUUUUCUAUUUGGCAGCAGGAUUGGGAGUUGGCUGCUUCGUUUUCGCAUGGGGAAUGGGAUGGAAGGAUUUGAGAAAGAAGGAGGAAGUUUCAAAAGCUUAG